UGAUCAUGUUAAUUACCCAAAAUCAAAAGCUUUUGGUUUUAAUGUGAAAUAAAAUUCGAUAAUGUUGCCAGAAUAACUACAGGUCUUGGUCGUUUUACAUUGAACCCCUUUGAAAAAAAAAAUAAUUGAGAGACGCCACUGAAAACAUGGAAAUAAAUCAACCUUUUGGCUGCUGUGGUGUACCAACCCCGCACUUUUAUGUCUAGAGUCUACACGUCUUUACCUAAUAUAGACUUGCAUUGUAUCCAGAUAUUUGAUAGGUAGCCACUGUGUCGGAGACAGUUGUAAAGGCACAAGACAAUGACACGUGUGUACUUGCGUGUCAUUUGACUCUGCCGUGUGUUUCUUUGUUAUUACCAGUGCACUGACGUGAUUCUGAGAAAAUAUCAAGGGAGAUAAGACAUUCAUUCUGGAAGACAAGAUGAAUGAUGCCUGCGAACACCACUGAUACUCUUCAAGUUUGUUUUUUCCACACAGAUCUAUGUUGUUUUUUCAAAUUGGAUCCAUUGAAUGUGGAGUGGUUCAAAUUGGAUUGAUAAAACCUAGACGUUCUUUAAUUUGAAGCUAGUGAUUAACAAUAUGACAUGGAGUCAGCUAAACAUAUUCUGACUUGCCACUAUUGUGGCAGUGUUCAGCUUGGUUUGCCAAUGUGACAGAGGUCACAGACUCCUAAUCAUAUUAAGAUUUAACUUCCUUUGUUAAACCCAGACAACUGAAAAGAUACCACUAGUGGACACUAGAUUGUCUUGCCUUACUAGUGGCCAACACAAUGGCCGAAACUGUGUGCAAGGUAAAGAAUCUACCAGCUCAGGCUUUUAUAAGGCAGACAAAUUUAAUCGCUAAAUAUGGUCUUCUGAGAAAGAAAAAUCUGGGAAUAAACCGAAAGGUUUGGCCUGUGAGAUUCAUAGUAGUGUCAGAAGGUUACCUUUACUGUUAUAAAAAUGAGAACUCGGAGGCGCCCAAAAAUGUGUUUUCACUGUUGGAUUAUUGUCGGGUUCAGGUGGACGCUGAGAAGGAGAAUCUGUGGAGCCUGAGCGCCCCAACACACUCAGAUUCAGAGGUUCCCAAAGUUCUCUAUUUUUCGUGUUUAUCUGACGUGGAAAGGAAAGAAUGGGUGACUGCUGUGAAUGAUGAGAUACACUCCAUAAAAAAUAAACGGAGUUGUGAGUCUGCACUUAGUGAAUCCCACUACUACGAGGACAUUGACGAGCAGGCCGAGCUGUCACCUGGAAAACUCAACGGACUUAACGACUUGCUCAAAUCCCCGUUUAAGUUUCUGAGUCACACUGUAAAAGGAACUAAAGACAACAAAAGGUAUCACGACCUAAAGCUUGGACACGCUCAAGAGGAUGCGCAGCUCAACGAAGACCAAGGCAAAGCCUUAAGCACUGCCAAGGUUAACCUAGUGAGUCCAUCCUCAGUAUCUUCUGUUCCAAAAGGUCUUGUACCUUUACCCCCUCGAAGAACGGGCACAACUCCACCAACUCUCGCACAAAUGCGCGUUCCAGCCACACCAGACAACGGACCUGGGCCCAUACCUGCACGCAUAGCGAAACCCACUGCAGCUCUUGGAGGGACGCCUUUGUCAGAGCCGUCAUCGUCAACAGAAAAAACAUUCUCGACCCUGCCAGCGCCUUCGCCCAGCUGUCGUAGAAGACUUCCGCCGCCACCUCCAAACUCUGAAGAGAGUCACCUAACCACAGUAGGCAGCAUACCGAAGGACUCCCGUAAAGUUGAACCAGCGCCACCAACAACUGAACAAACAGAAAACAUUGCCAGCAGCGAAUCCACUUCCCCACCAAUUGUUCCUCGUCUACCUCCGCCCAGGCAACUCACAACAAAUAAACCCAAAUACGAUAAUGGAGAUCAUGCGGAACGAGACAAUGACGACACACCAGAUAGUGAUUACGUCAACAUUACAGACUUCUACUGGUCUUAUGAGUUCCCCCCGCCAAAGAAGGACUCCAUCAGAUCAUUGGUUGAUUCCUGCUUGAUUCUUGACCCAAAUCCCAACAGAAGCAAACUCAACUCAGUACUGUUAUCCACGGGACAAUUCGGCACCUACUUUGUUCGAAACUCCCGCAGCGGAGGUGAACAAGUUUUAGCAUAUCUUUCCAAAACUCAAAAAGUGAAUCAAUUAAAAAUUUUUGAAGAAGAUGGGAAACUAAGCCUGGACCAGGAGAAUAAAUCUCUCCUGUUUGACUCCUUGGAAUCAUUAUUAAACUAUUAUACUUCAGAGGGCUACUUGAUGGAAACAGAUGAACACCUUGGUCAGGGAAUUCACGAGGUGAUAAAUGUGAAAGAAGCUCUGCAGGCUAAUGAGUCAGCCACGUGAUUGUGGACAGACUAUAAAUCUUAUUGACUAGAUUUGAUCUACGUUUUAUUGUUCUUGCACUCUAUCAAGAGAGUUCAAUCCAGAAAGUGUAUUCAAUACGUUCAGUUCUCUCUGGGAAAUACAAUCUCACUAACACUGGUAUUUAGUCACUUAAUGAAUAGCAUAGUCGUUCAUUAACCUAAUGUUUAAUUCAUAUUUGCAUUAUACAGAUUCACAUUGUAAAAAAAAACAAAACAUGGCAAGCUUGUUUGUAGUGUAAUCCAAUCCAACAAUUACUACAACACCGGAAGCAUAAGAUAACAAAAGAAGUUUCCUUUCUAUAAGAGGAUGAAACAGUCCAACAGAAACGAUAAACAAUACAGAGCUAUACGUUGGUAGAUACAUUGCUCUUGAUUAGGCUAUAACUAAGUUGGUUCCUACUUGUUACAUCGAUGAAUUAUUAUUAUAUUAUAUUAACAAGCAGAUUGUAAAAAAAAAUAAUUGAUAAUAAAUUAAACAAAGGUUAACUAACGGUAAGAACCACAAAACCAUUGCCAUACAUCACAAUACUGCAGGAAUAUGUUACCGUCUUUUUCUAUGCAAAACAAUUUUAAUUGACUACAAUUACUGACCAACUGUCACAGAGGUUCUAAAACUAGUAUGUGACAUACAUAAUUGGUUAAUUUUUCGAUUGAUUCGUGUAUUCUCACCGACUAUAAAUAGUUAUGCUAAUUUCAGAUUGAUCCGAGAAAGGGAAGCAGGAGUAAUAACGUGUAAACAAAAUGCAAUAACAACCACAUCUCUCAAUAAGUAGCAUAUAUGUAUCUUUUAUAUACCAACCAAAAUAAUUAUUUAUCAAUAAUUAACGAAUUAUUGGUUACUUUUUAGCGGCCUCCGAAAGGGGAAAAGACGCUAUUAGUUUUGUGUGGAAUGUCUGUCCGUUUAUCCGUCCGUCCCGUUUAGAUCUCGUAAAUUAGAAAAGAUAGUGAAAAUCUGACACCAUAAUAUUUUAGACCAUUCAAAGUUCUGAUGUAAAGGCUACAUUUUUCUUUUCUGAAAGCAAAAAAUCUAAUUUUUAUAAAUCUUUUAUGCAAGCAGUUUUUUCACAAGUAUUCACAAUUAAUAGUAACAAACCCUUUAGAAGGGGGAACAACAAUAUACCAUAAUUGUAACAUACUUAUGCAAAUGGUUUUAGAUUUUUUGUCAAACAAAUUUUUUGUUACAUUUGUAAUGCUACAUUAUGUAGUUCUGUCAAUAUUAACUCUUUGUUAAAGUAUGCAUAUAAGUUGGACAUAAUUUAAAACAACAUUUAAUAAGUAGUUUUUCAUAUUAUCGCGUGAACUGCAGUGCGCGACUGUGGAAAUGGUACACCUAACUAAUUUUGUAUAUAUAUUUUUUUUACGGAAUUUUUUUUUUCUUGAGGAUUUGAAUAAGAGAUUGAUGACCCUUUACAAAACAAUUAGAUCAAUUAGAUAUUCAUUAUAAGACAUCAGUUAGGCCAGGUUCACAUCCAACUUCACAUUUACUUUCACCUAUCCUUUGGUCUGCUGGACCGCUGGGGCACCACACAAGAUCUGUUAACCUUCCUUCUACAUUCUUCUCUGUCAUUUGUCUUUGAUAGAAUUUCAUUCUGAUGAUCUUUCUGAAAAUAUUGAAACCUGCCUUUUUACCUUCCUGGGUAGACCACUUCGGGGGGCCGAUUUUGAGUUUGUGUUUCCACACAAACUAUCCUUGUAACCUUUUUCUAUUUGAUUCAUGUCUUGUUAAGCUCAACAAAUAAUUGUGUAAAAUUUUCAACUUCAUCUGAGUCAGUAGUCCGACUUAGUGAUGGCGUGUUUAAAGAAUGUCUGUAUACAGUGAGCUGUUGUAGAUGAGCUUUUGACGAUGAAUGCUGUUGGCUAUAUAUAAAAAUAUAUAUGUAUAUAUGUCUAAAACAGCUUCUGUAUUGUUUGAGUUUACUUAUCAAAUUGUUAAACUUGUGUUAAAAUUGUGUCAAACCUAUUGCCUCACUCAAAAAGAGCUGAUUUCAUACCACAAUAAAUAUUUCAACAAAUGCAUAACCCAAAGCGCCACUUCACACAUAGUUGAAGAAAGGGCGCAAGAUGUUGCCCUGUCAUGUUAUAAAAAAUGCCCCCUAUUCACUGAAAUGAGCUUAAUUUCAUUUUACUCUAAGGCAGUGUUUCCCAAACUGUGUUCCGAGGAACCCUAGUGUUCCGAGAGGCCUGAAUAGGUUUUUCCACAAACUACUGGAAUAAUUAACUAGUAGUCCAACAUGUGAAUUAAUUUCACUGAAUAAAAAUAAAGUGUACCGCUAAAUGCUUAGAAUAUGCAAAGUGUUCCGUUAAAGAAAAAGUUUGAGAAACACUGCUCACAAGUAUUAUGCAAAAAGAAAAAAAAAAGCCUUUUAAAAUAUACGAUCAUUAGCAUUUGUAUUAACAAACCAAAAAAAAUUGUCCAUUCACAUUGAAAUAUGUCAUACGAGCCUGACAUUACCCGCGGCCUGCGGGUCUAAGUUUGUGUUUACUAACCUUGUGGAUUGCAUUUACAUGUAUGUUAAACAUAGCUAAUGAUCCUUUCAAGUUUUUUCUCUUUCGCUACGAAAAUAAAAUUAGUUUUGCGAAAAUGGGUUUACCCGAAGUCGAUACAUUCUUAUCUAUUAAAAACGAAAAGAGCGACAGCUUUGUUAAAUGAAUGGGAUUAUAAAGUGAACAAUUAAACGAAAUAAUAUUUAGUACGCGAUUCAUGAAUGAAUAUAGAUCUAGGCCUAUCUCAACUCGGCUUCGCAGCUUUCGCAAACGAAUGAGUCGAAUGUAUUAAAAAUGCUUUAGAAAACCAAAUUUGAAUGUUGAUUUGAUCAAAAUAUGAAAUGAAUGGAAUAUAAUUAGUAUGUUCAUGUGUUAAAGUAUAAAACUAUCUGUGCAAAGAAAAGUUUUAUCAUCUUAGAGUUGAAUUAGAGUUUUAGAUCUAGGGAUGGAAAGAUGUGUAACAUUACGGUAUUCUCUAAUGAAAGAAUGUUCGUCAGGAAAUCUGUAGUCACAGAUAUAAUAUAUGUAUAUAUAUAUAUAUAUAUAUAUAUAUAUAUAUAUGUAAAAAAUGGUUUUGAAACACAAAUUUGAAGGUUAAUCCUUUCGAUCUUUUCUCAUGUCAACAUUGUAAACAUGGCCUAGAUCCAUAAAUACUACAGCUUUAAUAGUGUCGGACAACUUUAUUUUUUUUUUAGGGUCUUAAGUUUGUUUUAGGGCUACAAUACAUACACUACGGUCUAAGUUAGUACCCAAGGAACAUUCCUGACAAGUUUUAUCAAGAUUGGUCAAGCGGUUUUUAUUUCUAUUCGUCACAUACAUACAUACAUACAUACAUACGCCUUACGUUAUACUUUAUAGUAUAGAUAUUUAAACUGACAUUAAUUUAACAAUGGUUCUUAAUUUUUAAUGUAGGUCAAAAAUUUAAAGCAGACUAUUAAAUUUAAACUAGGUCAAUCAUUUUUUGUAAGGUUAUUCAUUUUACUUUUCUACCGCCUGUCCUAUAGAUCGCAAGGUCUGAAAGGUGAACUUUACUUUUUUUUUAUAUUCAUUUAAAACUUGACCACUUUAAAGUAGGCCAUUCAUUUUCAAGUAGGAUAUUCGUUUUUAAGUAGGUCAUUCACUUUUAAUUAGGUCAUUAAUUUUCAUGUAGAUUAUUCAUUUUGAAGUUAGUAAUGUAUUUUUAAGUAUUUCUUUUAUUUGUUAAGUAUUCUAUAAAUAAAAUGUUACAUAUUUCUUUUUUGUUAAUACUCUAUAAAUAUAUACUUAACAUUUGUUGAACUAAAUCUCAUAGGAUGUGAAAAUACAGUCAGAACUCCCUUACUAAGAAGUGUCAUUGCAAACUCUGACUAAAAAAAUAUAUUACUUUCUUAUAUAGGAUAUAGUCAAAUGUAGGAUUAUAUAGUCAAAGGUAGAAUAACAUAAUCAAAGGUAGGAAAAUAUAGUCAAAGGUAGGAUAAUAUAGUCAAAUGUAGGAUAAUAUAGUCAAAUGUAUGAUAAUAUUGUCAAGUGUAGGAUAAUAUAAUCAAAUGCAGGAUAAUAUAGUCGAAGGUAGGAUACCAUAAUCAAAGUUAGGAAUUUAUAGUCAAAUGUAGGAUAAUAUAGUCAAAUAUAGGAUAAUAUAAUUAAAGGUACGAUAAUAUAGUGAAAUGUAGGAUAAUAUAGUCUAAUGUUGGAUAAUAUAGCCAAAUAUGUGAUAAUAUAGUCAAAGGUGGGAUAAUAUAGGGAGGACGCUGGAUACACCACACCGCUGACUCGUUGUCAGAGUUACGGACUUUUGUUUCAAAAGACAUCUGGUAAUCUCACUGGUAGAUAAAGUAUCGCAGGCAAAGAUAUAAAGAAUCGUGUCUUGGUACCUGCGCCAGAUGACCUUCUGGAACCAUACUGCUAAACUGUAUUUCUGUUUAAUCGGGGUUCAUCAGGGUUCAUCAGGGUUCAUCAGGGUUACAAAAGUGCGUAUUCAUACACCUCUGAAUAAUUGAUGUUUAUUUUACUAAUUUAAGGAAUCGGGAAGGACCGAUGUUUUAAACAAUGUUUCUCAUUUAUUGUAUUUUUCUUUUAUUGACAAGUUUUCAUGAGAUUUAUCUUCAUAAUUGCAGAAUAUUUAUUUUGUUAGAAGUCUUCCUUUGAGCUUUCCAAGAGCGUUUGCAUUGAACGAAAUGUACAUGUUAUUGGUGUCUCUAGUCGUAGGAAUGGGAAAAAGGAGAUAGAGAGAGAGAGAGGGGGGGGGAGAAAGAGAGAGAGGUGGAGAGAGAGAGAGAGAGAGAGAGAGAGAGAAAGUUCUAAUUGUUUACUGCGACUUCUGUAGUGAUUCUUGGCCAACCUCCUACUUAAUUUUAGCACAUCCGGUUCGUGACAUGUUUAUAUCGUCAUGGCGAGAUAAUUAAACCGACAGUUACUACAAAUGGUCUUGGGUUAUCUUCGCUUUCAGGUUGUGGAGAAAUUUAAGAAAAGCUCGGUGGGCCGCUAUCAUGUGUGUGCCAAAUGGAGAGGUAUGUUUGGUGAAUCCCUGUGAUUUCCUGAAAUGUGACGCCACGCAGGUCUGCCACCGAUGCAACUGUGAAGCCAACUGCUUGUUUAGAGGUGCACUCUAGUGGAGUGUUUAGAGGUGCACUCUAGUGGAGUGUUUAGAGGUGCACACUAAUGGAGUCAGUAAUGGCGUACUAUGAUAGAUUCAAAUAAAUUGAUCCGUUCCACGGCAUUUUUUUCAGAAUUUUUCAGAGAUGUUUCUACUGGUUGAAUAAAGAUGAAGAGUU